UUCUCCUUAUGUGAUCUCACAGUGACUCAGCACAAAAACUCCCCUGUUAUAAAACCGUGAAGGAGAAGAGUCCGGCUCUGUAUUCCACCAGGACACGAGGCCUCCUCCUCCUCCACACAAUGUCUGGAUACACUCUGACCUACUUCCCCAUAAGAGGGAGAGCAGAGGCAAUACGAUUACUGCUUGGAGAUCAAGGUGCCUCAUGGACUGAUGAUGAGGUGACAAGGGAGGACUGGGCUGCGGGGAUCCGAGAUCUGAAGAAAAAUGCGGUCUUUGGUCAGAUUCCUCGUUUUCAGAAUGGAAACUUCGUGCUGUAUCAGAGUAACACCAUCCUGCGCUACCUGGGCCGCAUAUACGGGAUCAGCGGCAGCAAUGAAGAGGAAGUGGCCGUCAUCGACAUGAUCAACGAUGGUGUGGAGGAUCUGAGGAUGAAGUACUACAAAUUCAUCUUCGUAGAGAACGAGGCCAACAGGGAGACUUUCCUGACGGAUCUGGCGACUCAGCUCGGAUAUUUUGAGAGGAUCCUUUCCAAAAAUUCCAAUGGAACUAAAUUCCUGGUGGGAAAUAAUAUCACCUUUGCCGACUACAACCUCGUGGACACCCUACAAUGCUACCUGGACUUUUCCCCAACAUGUCUGUCCACCUUCCCGCUACUGUCAGGCUACAUAGAGCGGGUGCUGAAAAGGCCAAAGCUCAGUCAGUACCUGGCAUCCGAAGGCCGGAAGAGGCGCCCGAUCAUCCCCAAGCUCAAGUGAACGUCUGGGGCUAUGAGAAGAAAAGGGAAUGACCAAAAGCAGCACAGCAAGGAACGGGUUACACUCUGCAUUGAACAUCCGCAUUAAACCUUUU